AUGGGUGUUGUUACUGAUGAUGAUUUUCCACCACAGUCUGCUAAAGUAGUGAAGCCAAGAAGAUGCAAAAAGAGAGGAAGAAUGGUAAAAAGCAAAGAGCUUGAAGAAUUGAUAAGCAAGGCCACAAGAGCCGCUCAUGUUGCAAGAGACAAAGGGUAUUACAUCGUCUCUCCCGAAGCUCUAACUUGCGUUGAAAUUCUCAGAUAUAUGCGAAGCUUGCCUCUAACUCCUCGACUUAUCACCAAAACAGAGGCUUUUCGCACUUUUCAAUUCCUCUCUAAGAAUGGUAACCCUAAAAUCCGGUCUGAGUCUAGAUCCGUGCUUGAUCACUGGAAGGAAAUUCUUCUAAACAAAAUCAAUUCACAGAAGAGAUUCUCCGAAAAAAGGGUUUUGCUUGGAAUCACGAGAAGAUGA